AUGCGGCCCCAAAACGUCAUCGCUCCCCUCGUCAUCGUCCUCCAGGGACACGCGGCCGUGGCCGUUCCCAUCUUCGGCGCCCUCGGCAACAUGGUGGACAGCUUCCUAUCCCCCCUGACGGGCGCAGUCGGCGGCGGCAGCGGCAGCGGCCAGGCGCCGACCAGCGAGCAGAUCGACACGGCGGCGCGCGCCUGGCGCAACGACACGGGCACCGUGUCCAACUUCCUGUCCAACGCCGAGUCCAUGGACCCCCAGGAGCUCCAGCGGCAGGGCAAGAUUGCGCUCGACGCCGAAAACGACGAGCUGCUGCACAAGGCCGUCCUGGACCGCAUGUUCCUCAACGGCACGGCGGCCGCGAGGGACGCCGGCGUCGCCGACGCCAACGACGUGCUGGUCAACCAGGACACGUUCCAGUUCAUCGUCGACGGGCUGACGCUCAUGUCCAAGCGGGGGUCGACCAUGAAGCCCGACGAGGUCAAGACGCUGGUCAAGGCUAUGAACCAGGACCGCUGCCCGCACGUGCUGCCCGCCAUUGACAAGUACAUGGCUGCUGCGCAGGGCGCCGUGCCCGGCGGCGACAAGUCGCUCAAGGCGUACCGGCCGACCAACUGCUAA